AUGGCUGAAGGUAAUGACAACAAUAAGAAUCAAUGUGAACGACUAGUUGGACUACUACAUGUAUAUUCCAACCCCUUGAUGCUAAACCCUAUUUUUCCAGUAAAUGAAAGAGAACAAGUGGACUAUGAUACGCAUAAGAAGUUCACUGAACUGUAUAGAGAUCUGGAGAAUAAGUUAUAUAGCUUUAAAAGGCUACAGUGGCAAAGGUUUCAUCUAGAAGUAUCAUUGAAAUAUAAAAUAGUGCUGAGAGGUCUCAGAGUAUUAAAUAUGCCUACUUAUGGUGAGACCUACCCUGAAUUACUUCAAAAAUGGCAGAAUUUAAAUUUACAGCUUAGCUAUGAUUAUAUGCAUUUGCUUAUAGAAUUUUUUAAACCACAAGAAAAAGAGCUAGCCGAUGAGAUAAACAGGCUACAAGAACAACUGAUUAAUAAUUUUCCUAUAGAGGUACUAGGCAGUAAAUUAGAUGAACUUGCUGACAAUAUACAGGGCUAUGAUAAGAGGUUGCAGAAUACUAAAACUAAAAAAUUGCAAAAGGACCUCAAUGACUUUCAAUGUGAAGCCAAGCACUUACUUGCAUAUACUGGGACUACAAGAACAAGAGACUCUUUCUGCACAGUUAAUUUGGACCAGGAGGAAGUGUACCGUACGAAAGUCGUUGAGAAAUCGUUAAGCCCAUUUUAUGGUGAAGAUUAUUACUUUGAGAUUCCGCGGCAUUUCCAGUGUCUGGCCUUUUAUAUUUAUGACAAAGGGGUUUUCCAGAGUAUACCUAUAGGAAAGGUUGCCAUCAUGAAAGAGGAUUUAUAUAAAUAUAAUGGGAAGGAAACAUGGUUUUCACUACAGCCUGUUGACUCAAACUCAGAAGUUCAGGGUAAAGUUCAUCUAGAUUUAAAACUGCAUGAAGUUAUAACAGAUAAUGGAUCAGUCCAGCAACUGGUGGUACGAAUAAUAGAAUGUCAGGGAUUACCUCUCAUAAAUGGACAAAGCUGUGACCCUUAUGCAACUGUGUCACUUGUGGGCCCUUCUAGGUCUGACCAAAAAAAGACGAAGGUGAAGAAGAAGACGAGCAAUCCACACUUUGAUGAGACCUUUUAUUUUGAGGUAACUCGGUCUAGCAGUUAUACCAGGAAGUCACAGUUUCAGGUGGAGGAGGAAGACAUUGAAAAAUUAGAAAUCAGGGUGGACCUGUGGAACAACAUAAAUCUGGUACAAGAUAAUUUUCUGGGAGAAAUUAAAGUUCCUGUGAAGAUUCUAAAAAAUGAUUCUGCAUUCCAAGCAUGGUAUUAUUUACAACCAAAAGACAAUGUGCACAAGUCUUCCAGACCUGAGGACUUGGGAUCUUUGCGGUUAAAUAUAUGCUACUCAGAAGACUAUGUCCUUUCAUCUCAGCACUACACACCGUUACGAGAUUUGCUGCUUAAAUCACCAGAAGUUAAGCCUAUUUCUGCCUCAGCAGGACAUAUCCUGGGUGAAGCAUGUCGAGAAAAUAAUGAUGCCAUGUUACCAUUUGUCCGUCUGUUGCUGCACCACAAUAAACUCGUUCCAUUUGUAACGGCAGUAGCAGAGCUUGAGUUAAGAGAUACACAAGAAGCAAACACGAUUUUUAGAGGGAAUUCAAUGGCUACCCGUUGCAUUGAUGAAAUGAUGAAAAUUGUUGGAAAGCACUACUUGAAAGUUACUUUGAAGUCCAUUAUAGAUGAGAUCUGUGAAAACAGCAAACCCUGUGAGAUUGAUCCAAUCCGACUGAAAGAAGGAGACAACUUGGAGACUAAUAAGGAGAAUCUGAGACAGUAUGUGGAUAAAAUUUUCCACACGAUUGUGGAUUCAAGUAUGAGUUGUCCCACCUUGAUGUGUGAUGUUUUCUACUCUCUGAGACAAAUGAGUUCCAAAAGAUUUCCAAAUGACCUCCAUGUUCAAUAUUCUGCAGUGAGCAGCUUUGUUUUCCUUCGCUUUUUUGCAGUAGCUGUUGUAUCGCCACACAGUUUUCAUUUGCGACCUCAUCAUCCAGAUGCACAGACUUCUAGAACACUGACUCUUAUAUCAAAAACUAUCCAAACUUUGGGAAGCUGGGGAAGUUUAUCCAAAAACAAACUUUCAAGUUUUAAAGAAUCGUUUAUGUGCGACUUCUUCAAAUUAUUUCAAGAAGACCAGUGCACAGAAUUAGUUAAAAAGUCAGACAGAACAUAA